AUGUUUGCUCACGCCGGUGAGCGGAUCGGAGACUAUGAGGUCAAGCAACUUCUCGGUCGCGGUAGCUUUGGUGUUGUGCUUCUUGUUCAGACCGCUGCCCUGCAGCAGUUUGCCUUGAAGCUGGUGCCCUGUGACCACCUCGACGACGAUGAGGCGGCCAAAGCAGCCGACACGACGUUGGCCGAGGCUCAGCUGAUGCAGCGUCUUCGACAUCCCCACAUUGUCACAUGCCACGAUGUGCAGUUCGACCCACCUCGGAAGUGCGUGUGGCUGGCCCUGGAGUUCAUGGACGGCGGCGAUCUGGGCAACCGGAUCAAAGCACGACGCCAGGGAGGCCAGGCUCCUUUCGAGGGGCCCUUCCUGCAGCAUGUGUUGUCCACGGUGGGUGGCGCCCUCUGCUAUAUACACUCCCAAGGAGUACUCCACCGGGAUGUCAAGCCGCCGAACAUCCUUGUCAGCAACAGCCUGCACGAAGUGAAGCUGGCAGACUUCGGAAUUUCCAAAAUUCUCGAAGCUUCCGGCCACGCAGGCACGGUAUUGGGAACUCCGGCCUACAUGUCGCCCGAGCUUGUCUCGGGUAGACCUUACGGAACUGCCGCAGACGCCUGGGCUCUGGGUGCAUGUCUCUUCGAGCUGGCAUGCCUGAAGCGGCCCUUUGAUGCCUCGAACCAGUUGGCGCUGGUUUGGCAGAUCGUCGAGCAUGACCCGCCCGAGCUGCCACCCGAGACGCCGCCGGACAUGGUGUCUGUUAUACGUGGUCUCCUCAACAAGGACCCGUCACUCCGGCUGCGACUGGAAGAGCUCGUGCCCGAUGAGGCGGAUCCGGUGAUGGCAGGCUUGGUGCAGGCAGAGAAGGAGAGGCAGAUGAAGUGCAUCGAACUCAUCGCCUCGGAGAACUUCACCUCGCGGGCCGUCAUGGAGUGCUUGGGCUCGGCGUUGACUAACAAAUACUCCGAGGGACAGCCCGGUGCGCGCUACUACGGUGGCAACGAGGUGAUCGACAAGGUGGAGAAUUUGUGCAAGGAUCGCGCCUUGAAAGCCUUUGGCCUGGAUGAGAAGGAGUGGGGCGUGAACGUGCAGCCGUACUCCGGAAGCCCCGCCAACUUUGCCGUCUACACCGCCCUGCUGCCUCCGCAUGCACGUGUCAUGGGCCUCGACCUUCCCAGCGGCGGGCACCUCACGCACGGCUACUACACUGCGAAGAAGAAGAUCUCUGCCACGUCCAUCUACUUCGAGUCGCUGCCAUACCGAGUCCACCCGGAGACGGGACUCAUUGACUUCGACGAGCUUCGCAAAACCGCUUUGGUCUUCCGGCCGGCCAUGAUCCUCUGCGGUGCCUCCGCAUACCCGAGAGUGGUGGACUUCGCGAAGUUCCGGGAGAUCGCUGACGAGGUUGGUGCCUUCCUCAUGGCGGAUAUCGCCCACAUCUCCGGCCUGGUGGCCACCGGGGAGCAUCCGUCGCCCUUCCCCUUCUGCGACGUCGUGACCACCACCACGCACAAGUCCCUUCGGGGACCCCGGGCCGGCAUGAUCUUCUUCAAGUACAGCGAGAAGGUGCCGGACAUCAAGGACCGGAUUGACAUGGCCGUCUUCCCGGCUCUCCAGGGUGGACCCCACAACCACCAGAUCGGCGGCCUGGCUGCGCAGUUGCUGGAGGUCUCCACUCCGGAGUUCAAGGAAUACUCCAAGCAGGUCAAGGCCAAUGCGAAUGCCCUGGCCAAGGCCUUGAUGGCCAAGGGCCACAAGCUCGCGAGCGACGGCACGGACAACCACCUCAUCCUUUGGGACCUGCGCCCCCACGGCCUGAGCGGUGGCAAGGUGGAGAAGGUGUGCGAGCAGUGCUCCAUCACGCUGAACCGCAAUGCUGUGCACGGCGAUGUUUCGGCCCUCUCCCCGGGCGGCGUCCGCGUCGGCGCCCCGGCCAUGACCACGCGAGGAUGCACCACUGCCGAUUUUGAGAAGAUCGCCGACUUCCUGGACAGGUGCUGCAAGAUCGCCUUGAAGGUGCAGGAGGAGAAGGGCAAGAAGCUGAAGGACUUCGAGGCCGCCCUCCCUGGCAACGCCGACAUCGGGGCCCUGAAGAAGGAGGUCGAGGCAUGGGCAUCCACCUUCGGCUACCCCGGGCUCUGA